AUGUCGGAAAAUGAGAGAGGUGAAGACUUUAUCGUCGGCAAAUCCAAUCUCCUCACCCGCUACGCUCGCAACAAGUUCAACACGAACUCAAAAGCCAUCAUUGGCGUCGAGUUUCAGACUCAGAGCAUGCUCAUCUCCGGUAAAAAGGUCAAAACUCAGAUUUGGGAGACCGUAGGUCAAGAACGCUUCCGCGCUGUCACUCCCGCCUAUUACCGUAGAGCCGUCGGAGCAUUCAUCGUCUAUGGCAUCACUCGCAUCUCAACCUUCGAGAACGUUGGUGGCUCGAUGAGCUCAACAGUAGGUUCUCUUCUCUGUUUCAAUUGA